AAAAAUUUGAGAAAUAAAUUAAUAGCCGACAUUUCACCUGUAAGAGAAACAGAGGAAGCCGACAAAGACAGAGACGAUAGAGUUUCCGGGGGCUGAAUUCAGUUCCACCCACCCAGAAAAUGGAAGAGGAGUCAUUCAAUAGAAACCAUCACCAGGACCUGAAAACCCCACGCACUAACUCUUGGUCUUGUACAAACAAUUCCAAGAACAUCCGAAGUGACUGCAGGAAAUAUGCUUGUGUUGAAGAGGAUGGUGAUGAAGCUUUGGUCGACUCAGUUCUGUGCAUUCCCGGAUCAAGGAUAAUCAAAUCUGGGUUUACCAUCGCCAACUGUACAGACAAUUUGGUUAUUUUUAUAAAUGCUGGAGGUGGCUCUCUAUGCAAAGAAGGAGGAUACAGGAACUGUGUUCAGCCUGACAGCUCCUUCGAAGGGGGGGAUGUUUUAAGAACAGAUGAAAAUAUAAUUGAUGGUGGUGAUAUAACCUGCAUUUAUCAGUCAGCACGAUUUGGAAGCUGUAGUUACCGGGUUCCCUUUUUGUCUCCUGGAGACUAUUUGGUCGAUUUUCAUUUUGCUGAAAUUGUGAAUACAAAUGGACCUAGAGGAAUGAGGGUUUUUGAUGUCUUUAUCCAGGGAGAGAAAGUCUUAUCCGAACUCGAUAUCUAUUCGGUUGUCGGUUCUAACAAGCCACUACAGGUGGUGGAUGUUAGAGUUUCUGUGGGGGAAAAUGAGGAUAUGCUGAUAAGAUUCGCAGGAGUUUGUGGAAGUCCUAUAGUUAGUGGGAUCUGCAUAAAACGUGCAUCAGAAUUACCUGCAUGUCAGGUGAAGCAGGAGUUUCUGAUAUGUAGCAACUGCACUGCUGAAAUUAACAUCUCAUCAAGUCAGAAUAAAUAUAUGUUGACAAAAUCUGCUGCCAAAUAUGAAAGGAAGAUAACUGAGCUCAAGAGGCAGUGCCAGCAAAAAGCUGAUGAAUGUUAUGAGGCCUGGAUGUCCUUAACAAAUGUGAAUCAGCAGCUAGAGAAGGUCAAGACAGAACUUGACAACAAUUUCUUCCAGAACAUGCGUUUAGAGCAAGUAAUGGAUAAACAAUCAGCUGAACUGAAGGAAAUAUCUACCCAAUACAUACGUGAUAAGAAACUGUGGGCUUCUUCCAUUUAUGAAUUACAAAAGAAAAUAAAGACCAUGAAGGAAGAACACCAUCAACUCUCUAUUGAAGCUCAUGAGUGUGCCAACUCAAUACCUGCAUUAAAUGAGAUGCUAUUUGCAGUUAAAGCACUGGUCACAAAAUAUGAUGAUCUGAAAGUGAAGUUUUGUGAAGAGCAAGCAAAGAGGAAGAAGCUGUAUAAUCAAGCACUAGUAGCAAAAGAAAACAAAGAAAGUAUAACAAGAAGCAAAUUAGGGACUUGCUUGCUACCACACAAACAUCAAAAAGGGGUAAAUCUAAAAUCUUAUGCACUUGGAUGGUUGGAAAUAAGGCAACCUUCUGAACGAGUUCAUCAUGUAGCAGGGAUGGUUGAAGCGAAAGUUGAAAACAUUAAUGAGGCUUGGGAGGUUUUGCAAGCUGGAAGCAGUACCAGGGCUGUAGGAUCAAAUAACAUCAAUGAACAUAGUAGCCGAUCCCACUGCAUGCUUUGCAUAUUGGUUAGAGCAAAAAAUUUGAUAAGUGGUGAGUGCACAAAGAGCAAGCUAUGGCUGGUGGAUUUGGCAGGCAGUGAGAGGCUCACGAAAACCGAGGUGCAAGGAGAACGGCUGAAGGAAGCUCAAAAUAUUAAUAGGUCCCUUUCAGCUCUGGGAGAUGUAAUAUCUGCCCUUGCAACCAAAAGCAAUCAUAUCCCUUACAGGAAUUCCAAGCUUACUCACAUGCUCCAAGAUUGCGUAGGGGGAGAUUCCAAAACUCUGAUGUUUGUACAAAUCAGCCCCUCAGAGCAGGAUCUUGGUGAAACUUUAAGUUCAUUAAAUUUUGCAACUCGUGUUAGGGGAAUUGAGCUAGGUCCUGCAAAAAGACAGAUUGAUAAGGGUGAGCUUCAAAAGCUGAAGAUCGUGGUCGAUAAAGCAAAACAAGAAUUGAGAUCCAAGGAUGAGGCAUUGCAGAAGUUAGAAGAAAGCUUCCACAAUUUAGAGGUUAAGGCAAAAGGCAGAGAUCAACUAUCCAAAGAUCAACAGGAAAAGGUCAAUGAACUUGAAAGUCUGCUUGCUUCAAAGACAGAGUUAUGCAGACAACUCCAGAAGCAGUUGUCACAAUUUUCUGACAGAAUGCAGGGGAAGGAAGAAAUUUGCUUGAAUUUUCAGAAAAAGGUCGAGGAGCUUGAGAGCAGACUGAAAGAGCGUGAACGAGUAGAGUCAAUAAUUCUUCAAAACAAGGUCAAAGAACUUGAGAGCAGACUUAAAGACAAAACACAAGAAUUUGACCUUCGGUCAAGAAUCCUUAAACAAAAGGUUAGAGAACUUGAAAGCAAGCUGACCAUGGAAAAUGAGAACUCACAAUGUCAACUACUUCAAGAAAAGAUUAAAGUGCUUGAACGAAAGUUGAAGGAGCAGCAACACCAAGAGCAUAUGCUAACUCAGUGUCAAUAUUCAGCAGGAAAAUUAGGAGCCACACCUAACGAAUCUAAAAUAUUAAGAGCAGAAAGCAUGGGUGACAUCGGUCCCAUUGGCAUGAGAAUUUUGCAGUCUGGUAACCGAACAAGUAAUCAUGGGUCUGGUUUGCUAAAAGGUACAGACUCCCUCCGCGAGAUACGGAGAAAACAGAUUCAGAGCAAAGGAAGCGAGAACAAUAUCUUGUUGUCAGCAUCUCUUCUCGAGAGGAAGAAAUCAUCUUCUGAUGAGUUGGAGAAGUCCAAGAACGCUACCUCAUCUAAAGCUUUGGCAAGGUUUACAAGAAGUAUAAAACCAGUCAGCACUGUGCAACCUGUGAUUUCUAAUGGCAAAGUUAACAGAAGUUUUGAUCCAAGGUUGAAGGAGAAAGGUAACAAACUAAAUAUGCGGUUGAGAUAGUAUAAAAAGUGAGAACAGAUUAUUAUACAUGUAUUAUGUUAAUCUUUCAAGUGAGAUUUGGUUGAAUGAUAAAUAGAGCAAAGAAGUAACAGUGUGGUAAA